CACAAAGUGUAUGUGACUGUGGCACAUAGGCAUAGUUCCACCACAGUGAGGCAAUUUUAGUGGUCAUAUGCUCGCGCCCAGACAGGUGUGCCGCGAAGCAACGCUUCCUGUUGAACUUUGGAUAUUGUGUCGCCAUGGCUGCAGAGGAGCUGGCUAGAAUCAGUGUCAUAGCAGACUUGUCAAACCAAGCUCUACAGGAGUACGAAGGCCUGCAAAGGAAGCAUGAGACAGCAACAACUGAGUGCAAGAGGCUUGAGGAAGAGAGAGACGAGGCCAUCAAGAGGCUCAAUGAGUUCCAGCAAGUUUCUCAGAUGGUCAUUGAAGAGGUCAGUACCAUCCAGGAGAACCUGGAGGUUGAGAGGACGUGUAGAGAAAGUGCUGAAGCCCUGGCCACCAAGUUGAACCGCCAGAACCGCUCUCUGAAGAGGAAGAGCAUGAUGUUGCUGUCCCAACUCAGCCCAGAGGCCAUCAGUGCGAUCAAUCUUGAGGAUGAAGAGGAGGAGGAGGGUGAAGUGCCACAUGCAGCCUGCAAGGUCUCCCUCUCACCCCAGUGCCAGACCACCAUCUCAGAGCUACAACAUAAGUUGGAGUUGACAAUAAAGGAGAAAAAUCAAGCAGUCACUGAUCUUGAGGCAGUGAAAGAACAACUGAGGGAAACUAGAGAAGAAUUGCUGAAAGAGAAACACGAUAACACUGUUUUAAUUGCUGAGACACUGCGGCAAAAGAAGCUCCUGGGGAAAUAUAACAGAGUGUCUCAGUUUGCUUUUGAGGAAUACGAGGCCUUACAAGACACCUUGAACCUGGAGCGGGACCUGAGGACAGAAGCAGAGAACUUUGCCGGAACAAUGGUUGUGGAGCAAGAGACGCUGAAGAGACAGAAUCAGAUCCUGAUGCAGGGCUCCUCACCCUGCCAAGCUCUACAGGAAGCCCUCAGCCUGGUCACCACACUGACCCAGGAUCUGGAGACACAGAAGAUGGAGCACCAGAACCAGAUAAAGGAGAUGGAGGACAGGCUGAGGAGCUGCGGGGUUCAAAAGGAGCUUACAGCAUUGAGGUAUAAACUGGAGCUUGUGGAGGAGGAGAAGAGGGAGUGCAGCGAGAAGUGCUCCAAGGCUGAAGUGGAGGUCAAGGAUCUGCGGUUUACGGUUGAGGAACUCCAGAAGAAGCUGCAGGCAGCUAUCAACCCACCCCCUGCUCCAACACCUCCACCUCCCCCACCACCUCCACCUCCUCCAGCGUCAGCACCGGCCUCUAACCCGCUCAGUUCCCUGCUAUCCUUAAUCAGAAAGAGAAGAGACAUCAGCACCGACAUCCCACUUGUGGUCCAGGACUCUGCCACGACACCAGAAGUGGACGUCAGGCAGCAGGCAGUGGACGAAAUGAUGCAAAGGAUCAAGAAAGGGGUUCAACUUCGACCUGUCAGCCAGACACCUAACAGGCGCAGGAGACAGAUGGAGAGGCUGCCCUCUAAUUCUGCCAUUCAGGAACUUAAAGGAAUCAUGGAGAAUUUCAAUAGAACCUCCCCCCAACCAAAGGCAGCGUCUCCAUCAACAGCCCGCGAUGACGAGCUGCAGAGGAUCCUGCUGAGGCGGCGGGAUGCAGUGGAGUCCCAACACAAUGCCAGUCUCCAUCCCAUCGUCUCCCCUGCAGUGUGAACCAGACAUCACUGGAUAUACUGUAGGUGAUCACAUGAUGCAAAAUCAAUUCAUUGCAUUUCCUUUUUAUUGUGAUAUACACAAUCAAUUCUAUAAUAAUCAUUUGAGAGUAUUAAAUGAAAACAGUCGGCUGACUCAUCAGCAGAGAUGGGAGCAGGCUUCAGGGUUGUCAAUCUAACCAGAGGUUAUGUAGCAUGUGGACUAAGUAAUUUCCAUUGAGGCCAUUUCAUUUCAGUGAAAUGAAAGACUUGUGUCCUGCACUACUUUUUCAGGGUUCAUUCAGCUCUUUUUCCAAUACUGAAGGUGAAUCCUAAUCUAUUGUUUGGCACUGGGAGGAACAGUGCAGCGGAUUUUGCAGCCUUGAGUCUUUUGCCAAAGCUAAAUACUGCAUGUCUCUGCAUUGUUCCUAGACCAGUAUUAACCUUGUAGCCUCCUAGUGAGCAAUUACAGGCGACUGUGGCAGAUUUUGUUUCCACUGCUCCCCCCCCCCCCCAACCUUCUCAGGCCACCAUUUUAUGUAGGGCACUGCCUCCUCCCUGCUGCAUCAACCCUGCAGUUUGCACUACCUGUUCUGCCUCAGAAUGGAAGUCUGUCUUUGGUCAUCUAACACACAGAACAAAUCAAACACAUCAGAUACACUUUUAGAUGCUUUCACUGUUAGCAGGCAAACACAGACCUGCGUUUCAAAUAAAUGCACAUGCAUUAUAGAGUGUGUGAGAAGAUAAAAUAUGAUUCAGGAAAGCCAGUUUAAUUCAUUAGCUUACUGCACAGCUGUUUAAAAAGAUGAGGAAGAAUUUUACAACUCUGGGAAGUUAUCAAUUAUUUAUUUUUUUAUUUUAAACAGUAGAAUUACACCCAUCAAAGUCAUCUAUGAGGAAUUUGUGUUUGCACUUAUUUAAGUGGCUAAAACAAUGUGUUCAGAGAAGAGAUUUCCUUUCAAGGUGCAUGGAAACAGGGGAAACAGUCUGAAAUGGAAAAAAAAACCCAGAAGCACUUGCAGUAUGAGAAACUUUAUUCAAAAUAAAGAUAUGAAGUGUUGAAUGAGUUUUGACAUCCUCUCAGUGUGUACAGAUGACAGGAUGCUGAGUCAGAAGUUGAUUCAGGUUCAACUUUUUUCACUGUGCUGUUUGGAAGUCUUUGUUUUUGUUGUUGUUGUUUUUUCCCCCAGAGCACCAUGUUAACACUGUGACUGUGCCACUGUGGUCUCAUCUCAGUCUUGUAAUGUUGGUUUGAGAAUGGCCUUACAUGUCAAUAUGUGAUAUUGUUAAGUUCCAGAACUUUAUGUGUAAUAAAGUAGCAAAAGUGAUUCAUUUUACAAUCAA